CCUGGGAAGUUGCAUGUACUUAUACCGAUACCUCCUACUUUGUUGAUUUUUUUUCCAAGUGUUCUGAAACACCAAUUAGUGGGAUGGUGAUUGCCGAUUUGAAGCAGUUGGAGUUAGUGUGGGCCCUUUUAUUGUUCCUAAUUUUACGUGCCUCGGGCGAGGAUGAAGGCGUCAGUCAAAACCUGGAGAGGCGAAUGUUUUUCGGGUUCGGUCGAUUCCGGCGAACGGGGGUCGCGCAGCAGAACCCGGUGCCGCCGGCCGUGAAAGAGAACAUCGACCGGAACAUCUGCGCCGACUUCGAGCCGUACGUCUGGAUGGGCCCACUCAACCCCAAGAACGUCCGCGAGCAGCGCAAGUGCCAGGCGGCCGCGCAGUACCUCUUCGCGUCGGACGCCCGACGCCCUGACGAUUGUGGCCGUUACUUCGGCGCCCGCUGCGCUCAGGAGGGUAAUAACAAGUUCGUCUGUGUCGUCAGAGUCUGGCCGAGCCUCUUCCCUUCCGCCGAGAGACCACUCUCCUACUGCGCCCAGAACUUCAACACCGAAGUCCUCUCCAAACCCAAAGAGCCGACCCCGCAGCCAAAACCGCAGCCGAUACCAGAGCCGAAACCGGAGUCGAACCCGCAGCCAAGACCACAGCCGCUCAGACCACCGACCCCUGCUGACGAUUCAGAUAAGACUCCUAAUAGAGGACCUCUGAGGGAUGAUGGCCAGAAGCCAGCAGAUGAUCGCAACGCUAAACCAGCUGAUAAUCGCACCGAUAAACCAGUAGAUGAUGGCACAGGAAAACCAAAUGUAGAGGGAGCUUCAAAUUCAGGAGAUCCCACCAAAAUACCAGUCAAUGAUCCCACCAAAACACCAGCCGCUGAUGAUCCCACCAAAACACCAGCCGCUGAUGAUCCCACCAAAACACCAGCCGCUGAUGAUCCCACCAAAACACCAGCCGCUGAUGAUCCCACCAAAGCACCAGCCGCUGAUGAUCCCACCAGAAGACCGGGCGAUAACGACCCCACCAGAAGACCGGACGACCAGAGAACUCCAUAAGAUAAUCCAUAACAACCUAAACCUUAAAAAUGAGUUUUGGCUUAUCUUCCAAGCCAGUAAACUAUCCCAUCGAAAAAUUAGACGCAGACUUACUCUCAAAGCAGCCGCAAAAUUAAGUGUGUGGCCAAGUAAUUGGACGGUAUUAACCAGGAGCAGCCUAACUGAUUUCUCAUUUCUUCUCGUGUUUCAUUUUUUUAAACAAUGAGCUGCCUUAAAAUUGUAUUCCUAUACUGUUCGAGGAUUUUUUAGAAUGCUCAUCUGCAUCACAAUCAUCAGACACCUAGGGAUAGCGAAGCAAAGGUUGCAAUAAAAUGAGGUUACAUGGUAAAAUUCUUGCUUCUGCAUCGGAGUGUUAUGUAUGUUGCCUAUUCACUAACUGAAGGGGCUCCUUUAAUUGGACUUUAUUGCAAUUCAAUUGAAAUAAGUUUGAAGUUGCCGAUCUUUGGCAACAUGACCUUUGGGAUCGAGGAGCUUCAUCCAUGGAUCGCUUAAAAUUGGCAUUGAUUGCCCAAAUGAUGUUGAAAUAUUGAAAUCUCAAAAUGUUUUGAAUUAAAUCGUAAUAUUAUUUCAAUAUUUUCGUUGCAUUUUUUGUAUCGGCAAUUAAGACAGGAAAAUAAGCACCUCAAAAUUAAGUUGAUUUUGGUUAAGGUCGUCCAAUUACAUAAUCAUAUUUUUGAGUUAAAUUUGCUGGACAAAGUUUUGAAAAAUUGUAGCAAAUUUAGCACGGAUGAUGAGGUUUUUUUCGCGAGUAAAAAUUCUCAAACCUCUGUAAGUCUAGGCUUAAGUCCAUGAAUCCUGGUUUUUAUAGUAACGGAAAUUUAAAAGAGAAACAAGGGUACAUGAAUCGGAGAAAAGACAAUUUAACUCACAAAUAUGCCAGAGCAAACUCGAAACUGCCUUGGUACCUGCAUUAUUUCGAGAGAGCACGGUAAUAGUGUUCCGGGUGAAAUCCGUUCACCAUUAUAGGAAUGAGAAAUUAUGUUCCGAAUCAAGAUUUGCUUGUUCUAUACACAUUUCAGGUUAGGGAAAAAAUUAUGUAAAGUAAGCGUUCUGAAUAAAUCAUUAUUCUGUUGUGAAUCAUUCAA